AUGUCGUCUUUCAUAGUGUUUACUAUCGUCUUACUGUCCUUGAUGAGCCUGGCGGCAGCACAUACGAUAACAAUCCCAGCAAACACCAAGGAUUGUUAUUUUGAAACUUUACAUAAAGGUGAUAAAAUGUCCAUAACCUAUCAGGUUGGCGAUGGUGGACACUUGGAUAUAGAUUUUAUGGUGUAUGAUCCCUCUGAUCGUAUUUUAGAUUCAUCUGUCAGACAAAGCACUGGAACAUUUAGUCUUGUCGCAGGAUUGGAUGGAAGAUAUACUUAUUGUUUUAGUAACGAAAUGUCUUCGGUUACCGACAAAGUUGUUAGUUUUAAUGUUCAUGGAACCAUCUAUGUUUAUGAAGAUGAAUCACACACCGAUCCUUUAGAAAGGGAAAUUCUAGAACUUGCUGAUGGUCUUGCCGCUAUUAGGGACGAACAAGAAUACAUUGUAAUGCGAGAACGUACACACAGAAAUACCGCUGAAAGUACAAAUGAUCGCGUCAAGUGGUGGUCAAUCUUCCAAUUCUUUGUUCUUUUUGGAGUGUGCUUCUGGCAAGUAUUCUAUUUGAAACGGUUCUUUGAAGUUAAACGUGUGGUAUAA